UUUCCCUGUCGUUGCCUUCCUUCUUGCCCACUGAUCCCUCUCCGCUGACAAGUGUUACCCUCUUUUCAUCUUCUUCUCGCUCUCUGUGUUUUUGGGCGUUCUUUCUUAAGCGUACAAAUCAAAGUUUACUUCUUUGCUUAUUCAUGGAAGUUUGGGCCUAAAUCUAGUUAGGUGUUCUUGUUAAUAUCGAAUUAGGGCUGAUUUCUGAAUCUUUCUUGAAAAAGACCCUGCUUAACUUUUUUCCUGACCUUUUUUCCCCUCUCUGUAACCUCCAUCAUAUAAUCGUAUUUUCUGCGGUUUUUCCUCUUCCGAUAUUUGGGGGUCACGUAUUGAUUGGUUCUGGUUCUGGGUCCGUCCCUUUCGAUUUAAAGCUUCAACCUUUUGGAUUCUUUUCGGUAUUUUAGGCCUUUUUCUUCUGUCUUCUCUGAUAUCGAGGACCAUGUUCUUUCAAUUUCUUCUUGGUCUCAGCGAUUUAACAAAGUUCUGAGAAGAUGAAGCCAGCACUCGAGGAGGUCGGGAGAAGAUUAGCCUGAGUUUCGAAAGCAAAUCCAUUGUGUCUUGCCUGAGCAAGUGAGGAACUUCAUCAUGGCUACACUACCAGCACAGGCGUUUAGCGUCAAAGCUUACCAGAAUCAGGCCGAGGAGCUCAUUAAGCACUAUCUAUUAGCAGAGCAAUCCAUUCCAUAUACUUCUGUUGUUGUCGGAAUCUUUUUCUGCAAAAUGGUCUAUGAUCUCACGGAGCUAGUCAGUUCUUUUCAUUUCGAAACAUACGCUGCCCUCACAAAACUCCAGAGAAUUGAAUGGAAUAACCGGGGAAUUUCUACAGCCCAUGCGAUUUUUAUCACAUUCAUGGCAUUGCACUUUGUGUUCUGGUCUGAUUUGUUUUCCGAUCACCGGCAUGAUGGCCUUGUCAUAUUUAAUAGAUCCCCUCUCUCUGACUUUGGUUUGGGGGUCUCCGUAGGCUACUUUCUCGCGGACAUUGGGAUCAUCUUUUGGCUAUACCCGGCAUUGGGUGGAUUGGAGUAUAUUUUACAUCACACUCUGUCAGGAGUGGCAGUUGCAUAUUCUUUGUUCUCCGGGGAGGGACAGCUUUACAUAUACAUGGUCUUGAUCUCCGAGGUGACUACCCCUGAAAUCAAUCUGAGAUGGUAUCUUGACACAGCCGGUAUGAAGCGGUCCAAGGCCUAUCUUAUUAAUGGCGUCGCCAUUUUCUUGGCUUGGUUGGUUGCAAGAAUCUUGCUGUUCAUAUACAUGUUUUACCAUGUCUACCUGCACUAUGAUCAAGUGGUUCAGAUGCACACGUUCGGUUAUCUUCUGGUUUUCGUAGUACCGAUGGCAUUGGCGGUCAUGAACUUGAUGUGGUUCCAGAAGAUUCUCAAGGGACUUCAGAAAACUCUGGCCAAGAGGCAGUGACUGAGACUUAUACGUCCCUUUUUCGUACAAAAAAUAUACGUACACACACACACAUAUAUAUAUAUAUACGUAUAUAAGGUAUAUGGGCGUACAUGUCACGGAAAUGGAAAACGGGGCAUAGACUAUAAAAAUGGUGACUGAAGUUGGAUCAUCAAAUGUGCGCCGCUCAUGUCCGUUCUAUUCGAUUUAAAAUAAGAUGCAUGAUAUAUGUAUAAAAUAGAAACGUAAAGUAAAUAAGGAUAUGAUGGGUGGAUUCUAAAAUGGGUUUGAUGAACGAAUAUAAUCUUCGGGAUUAA